AUGGUGCGUCCUGCUGCAUCCUGCUGCCCGCCUCCACCGCACCAGAAACCCGAAAAUGUGCUCAAGCGCGCUCAUGAGCUCAUCGGGGUUGGUCAGCCCCCGGCGGCUCUGACCCUGCUUCACGAGCACAUCACCAGCAAGCGCUCCCGAAAUGUUCCCAUCGCGUCGCUCGAGCCCGUCAUGCUCCUCUUGGUCGAACUCUCCGUCGAACAGAAAAAGGGAAAACUCGCCAAGGACGCCCUCUACCAGUAUAAGAAUAUCUCUCAAAACACAAAUAUUGCGACCAUCGAGCUCGUCCUCAAGAAGUUUAUUCAGCUCGCUGUCGACAAAGUCACUGCUGCGCAGCAAAAGGCCGACGAGGUCCAGUCUAGCCUCGAGGCAACCGCUGACGGCGACUCUAAUGUCGAGGAUUUGGAAGCUACCGAGACUCCCGAGUCCAUUCUCCUCGCCACCGUCUCUGGCGAGCAAUCACGCGACCGUACAGACCGCGCCAUCGUCACCCCUUGGCUAAAGUUCCUCUGGGAGGCUUACCGUACUGUUCUCGACAUUCUGCGCAACAACGCCCGUCUCGAGAUGCUCUACCAGAGCACCGCCUCGCAGGCCUUCGACUUCUGUCUCAAGUAUACCCGCAAGACCGAGUUCCGAAGACUCUGCGAGCUUCUCCGUAAUCAUGUGCAGACCGCUGCAAAGUAUUCUUCACAGAUGCAUGCCAUCAACCUCAACGAUGCCGACACUCUGCAGCGCCAUCUCGAGACCCGCUUCCAGCAGCUGAAUGUUGCCGUUGAGCUUGAACUCUGGCAAGAGGCCUUCCGCAGCGUCGAGGACAUUCACACUCUGCUCAACCUUAGCAAGCGUCCCCCCAAGAACAUCAUGAUGGCCAAUUACUACGAAAAGCUCACCCGCAUCUUUCUCGUUGGUGAGAACUACCUGUUCCACGCCGCUGCUUGGUCCAGAUACUACAACCUGCUUCGGCACUCUGCUGUUCUUGUUGCCUCCGGUCAGGGCAAGAAGGCUGACAACCCGCCUGCCACCGAGGCUGAUCUUCAGAAGGCUGCCUCGUUCGUCCUUCUGUCUGCCCUCGCCAUUCCCGUCAUCAGCACCUCGCGCUCUCGUGGUGCCAUGGUUGACUUUGACGAGGCCCGCAAGAACAAGAACUCACGUCUUACUCACCUGCUUGGCAUGACCCAGGCUCCUACUCGUGCCCGUCUUUUCCGUGAUGCGCUGUCCAAGUCUCUCCUUCAGCGUGUUCGCCCUGAGAUCAAGGAGCUUUAUAACAUUCUUGAGGUUGAUUUCCACCCUCUGUCCAUUUGCCAGAAAAUCUCUCCCAUUCUGAGCAAGAUUGGCGCUGACGCUGAGAUGGAGCGCUACAUCCUCCCUCUGCAGCAAGUCAUUCUCACCCGCCUGUUCCAGCAGCUUUCUCAGGUCUACGAUACCGUUGAUCUUGAGUUUGUCCAAACUCUUGCCAAGUUUCCUGAGCCUUUCCAGAUUACCCGUGCCACCAUUGAAAAGUUCAUCAUGAAUGGUAACAAGAAGGGCGACCUCGCCAUCCGUAUGGACCAUGCUACAGGGGUGCUGAGCUUUGAUAGCGACAUCUUCUCGUCUUCCAAGGCUAGCCACAGCGGCUCCGCCGCUGGUUCCGCCGAGGCCGAUGGCGGUGCUGUUCAGCGUCUCCAGAGUACACCCUCUGAGAUUGUCCGAUCUCAGCUCACUCGCCUUGCUAGGUCCCUCUUCACGACUUGCCACUACAUCGAUCCUGAGUUCAACAAAGAACGUCUGUCUGCCCGCAAUGCCGCCCUCAGCCGUGCCAAGGCUGGAGCUGAAAAGGAACACCUGGCUAUUCUUGCCCGUAAGGACAUCAUCGCGAAGCGCAAGGAGGAAGCCUCCGAGGCUCAGGCCCGCAAGGACAAGGAGAAUGCCCGCCAGAAGCGUCUGAAGGAGCAGGCUCUCCAGGAGGCCGAGGACAAGCGUUUGGAGAAUGACCAGAGAGAACGUGAAGCCAGACGCCUCAAAGAGGAGCGCGACAAGGUUCGCAGGGCCGAGGUCGAGCAGCAGAUCAAGGAACUCAAAAUGGACGGCAAGCGUCUCGACAUUGACCUGGGUGAUAUUGACAACUUGGACACAAACCGUCUCCGUGAAAUUAAGCUGAGCCAGCUUGAGCGUGAAAAGCAUGACGUCAAGGAAAAGCUCAGAGUCACUGGCAAGCGUAUCGAUCAUCUGGAGCGUGCCUACCGCAAGGAGGAAGCCAAGAAGAUGGCCGAGGACUACGAGAAGCAGUGCGAGCAUGAUCGUGCCGUCUAUGAUAAGAACACCGCCAAGAAGCUCAAGGAUGCCGAGGAGCUGCACAAGGCCAACGUCGAGCUCAAGCACCGCUUGACCAGACUGGUCUCUACCUAUGAAUCCUUCAAGGAGAACCUGCAUGAGCGCCGCCGUGACGAAUUCGAGAAGCGUCGCCGUGAUGCCGAGAAGGAGCUUGAGAAGCAGAUCGCCCUUCGCAAGAAGGAAUUCCGCGAUCGCAAGCUGCGCGAGAAGCGUGAACGCGAAGAGAAGGAGAGAGAAUUGCGCGAAGCCGAGGAGAAUGCCGCUCGCGAGAAAGAGGAGCAGCGCGAGCGCGAGGAGGCCCGCAAGGCCGAGCUCUCCAAGCUCAAGGAGCAGCGCGACAAGGAGCGCCAGGAGAUGCUUGAGAAGGCAGCCCUUCAACAACGCCGCGAAGAGGAGGCUCUCGCUCGCCGCAAGGCCGAGAAGGAACGUCCUCUGCGCAGCGCUGAGCCUUUUGGCGACAGCGGCAGCCAAAGACCUCCCACGAUUGGCUCCGGCAGCUGGCGUGAGAGAGAAGCCGCGAAGGCCGCCGCCUCUGGGGGUCGCACCGUGGAGCGCUCCGACUCUCAGGACCGCCCCUCUCCCUCUGCCGGCGGCCCGCCUCGUCUCAAUCUCGCCGGCAGCAAGCCCAGCUGGCGCGAGCGACAGGCGGCCAAGGAAGCCUCUGGUGAGACCACGGCUAGCGCGCCUCCCCCCAGAAACUUUUCUCCCCGCGGUGCUCCCAUGGACCGCGGCGGCUCCUCGCGCGCCGAUGCUCCGCCUCCUCGACGAAGCGAGCAGCACGACUCGGCGCCUUCCGAGCAGCUGUCUUCGGGCACCGCCGGCAAGUGGGUUCCUCCUCACAUGCGCGGCAAGGCAUAA